AUGCCUCUCUAUGCUAAAUUCAUGAAGGAAUUAUUGACCAACAAGAGGAAUUGGAAAGAGAGUGAAAUAAUACUGCUCACUAAGGAAUGUAGUGCAAUUAUUCAGAAGGAUCUCCUUGAGAAGAUGCAAGAUCCGGGAAGCUUUUUAAUUCCUUACACCAUUGGAGAUAUCACUAUUCAGAGGGCAUUAUGUGAUAUUAGAGCAAAUGAUGUGAAUGCUUCCACUAUUUUGGGAAGACCUUUUCUAGCUACAAAGAGAGCCCAUAUUGAUGUGCAAAAGGGUAAGUUGACUCUGAGGGUCAAUGAUGAACAGGUUAUUCUUAAUGUGCUUGAGGCCUUGCAACAUCCUAGUGAUUCUGAGAGAUAUAUGAGAGUUGAUUUUAUUGAGCCAUUGAUUUAA